AUAUAAACAAGGGAAGAACAAAAGAAAGCCACUCAUUUCCUCCUCCUCAAGAAACCCUCUUUGGCUAUGGCUGCCGAUGUUAGCUAUUUACAUAGAGUUUUAAGCAGGUACAAGGAUGAUCGAAUGGCGAGAAACGAAUCCGAUGGAGCAAAAUCAACGGCUUUGAUCACCAGAGACUUGCUCGGAGGUGGUGGCUCCGCCUUGAUCAAUAUGAAAACUGAUCAAUCAGAAGAAUUUGAUCUUGACCUUCAAGUCCCUAAUGGAUGGGAAAAGCGCCUAGACUUGAAGUCUGGCAAGGUGUACUUGCAAAGAUGCAAUUCAUCAAAUUCUUCACAAUCAUCGGAUGGAACCAAACACCAAAACAAUCGAACAGUGUCAAAGCUUCAAGAUUUGAACUUCCCACCGUCGCCCUCUAAACCUUUGUUAAACCUUCUCGAUGAGACCAACUUAGAACUUAAACUAGUCCCAUCGUCUUCUACCAAUUAUCAAAGUGUGUGCACACUCGAUAAAAUAAAAUUCGCACUCGACAGAGCAUCCUUGUCACCUUCGUAUUCUUCAUCCUCAUCUUCAAUCAAAGAUUCACAUUAUGUCGGUGAUCAAGAGAGGUUGUUCUCAUUGCCGGUUGCAGCCGGCUGCCCCGGAUGCUUAUCGUAUGUGAUGGUGAUGAAACAUAACCCUAGAUGUCCUAGGUGCAAUACCGUUGUUCCAAUGCCUGCUUCCAAGAAGCCUCGCCUUGAUCUCAAUAUAUCAAUUUGAGAAGAAAAAAUUUGAAGUUAUUCUAGCUUUGA